AGCCCUAAAAUGCCAGGCAAGGCAAAUGGAGACGAGGCAGAAGAGUCGCGAGGCGCGAUUCGGAUGGAAGAGCUACGCUCUUGCGGCGCUUGUCGCUGGAGUUGCUGCGACCAAGUUCCGGAGACUCAGACGGCCCUCUUCGUUUAACCAGGAAGCCAAAUGGUACGCACCGGAUGAGUCGGAUCUCCGGCAGAGUCAUUUGGAUGAGCUAGAACGGAGAGAGCGUGUUGCUCGAAUGCAGGGUGCCUACGACAGUUUGAAGUCUAGCUACAGGAAUGUCCGCACGGCUAGAUAUCAGAAGUGGGAAGAGCAUCCCCAACGGAAUGAGGAGAAAGUUGAUGAGGCCAAAACUAAAGAGCAAGCUGCUUCCAAGCUUAAAGAACGAUCCAGGCUGCGGCACCACUACGCAGUGCUCGGCCUUGACCCAUUCAGAGACGAAGCAUUUUCCGAAGAGGAAAUCAAGAUGGCCUUUCGAGAGCGAGCUUUGCAAUUCCAUCCAGACAAGAACCCCGACAAAGUCGAGGAGAUGAGAGGAAAAUUUAGAGAGCUGGUAGACUCUUACAAAACAAUUAAAUCCGAGAAGAAGAUUAUUUGAUGCCAAAGGUUCUUCUUCUCUUUGUUUUUAAUUGACAAAGUUUUGUCC